AAGACAGUUAAGCCCAGGGUUAGAAUUUAUAAGCACAGGAACGGGUGUUGAUGCAUAAAGUGUGGAUUGUUGACUUUCUGAAUAUUUAUAGCUCUCCAGUGAAAAUCCCAAAUUUUCAUUGGGCCUAUUUUUUUAUUUAUUUUUUUCAUUUGCUAAACCAUGCCCAUUGUCAGAAAACCAUGUAUAACACUGCCGGAGCACUCGCUGUAUUCGUCUCCGACUAUCAUCGGAGCUACUGUCACACGCAACUCAUAUGAAAAUCUCCAAUAAUGAUUCACAGAACAUGGAACAGCUAAGGGGAAUUUAUUAUCCAGCUCCCUCGUCGACGUAAGUCUAUAUGGCAGGUUCAGUGGAGAAAAAUGGAGAACUUUACUCUGUUCGAAACGAUUAAAUCGGGCUCCGCCGUUAAUUUUCCUUCUAACCGAAGAUUAAGUUUGCUACUAGAUUGAGAAGAAGCAAAGAAAGGGAACGGCUGCAAAAACAUGGAGGAGCAACUAUGACAGGGUUCUUAUUGGCUCUCUCCUGGGUUUGACUCCAGAGAGUUUCUAGACUACAUGCUUUCCUUGAAAAAACGAGGAGCUUUAUCAAUGCAGAUAAGUAAUUUUGCAAGGGGCUUUUUCGAUUCUUCAUCCCCUUUAGUCCCUGUAGCACUUCCUUCGCAGAGAGAAACCCAUAUUUGGUAUAUUGUACCUGAUGAAGUGCAGAAUACAUCUCUAUUAAAUCAGUACUUAAAGCUCCUAUCAUCUUGUGAAAGAGAGAGCAUGUUUCGCAUGAGUGGAGACAAACUUCAGAAGAGUUCCCUGCUAGCUCGUACUUUGGUCCGUACUACACUGUCAAGAUAUACAAAUUGUCAAAUUACUCCAAGAUCAUUCAAGUUCAGGAAGAACACUUUUGGGAAGCCUGAGAUAGAGUGGGGACAUUAUGAAGAGUGGUCUCCACCAGCACUGCAUUUCAAUGUUUCUCAUACAUCUUCAUUGAUUGCCUGUGGUGUGACAGUGGAUAAGCUGGUUGGUGUUGAUGUGGAGGAAAAACAACGGAAAAUAAAGAAUGAUAUAUUAUCUUUUGCUCGACGUUAUUUCUCUUUGCAUGAAGUUGAACACUUGCAUGCUAUUUUAGACCCAGAGAUUCAAAGACAAGAGUUUAUUAAGUUAUGGACACUAAAGGCUUAUGUAAAAGCACUGGGGAGGGGCUUCUCGGCUGCACCUUUCAAGACAUUUACCAUCCGCUUCAGGGCUACUAGGAGUGAUGGCUUGCAAGUUCCUACAGAUCUAAUUUCUGAGGCAUCUGAAAUACUUGUAGAAGCAUUUGAUGAUCCCAAGAGCCUUUCAAACAAUUGGCAAUUUGGACUCUUGGAACUGGCCAAUUCCCAUUAUGCUGCCAUUUGCAUGGAAAAAGAAAACAUUCUUGAAGGAAAAGGGAAUGACUUUAUGAAAUUGAAAGUGUGGAAGACUCUUCCAUUUGUCGAGGAUGAAUAUGUUUCUGGAACUAAUGCAGUGAAAAUAAUCUGUGGGUUGUCCCAGUGCUUGCAUCUUUAGGCACUUGGCUAUGUUAUCUCUUCUAACCGGAAAUCCAAAGAUUGGAUCCCAUUUUAUUAUUUCUGUAGGAAAUAUUUCAAAAGGUGUUUUUCUCAGUAGGUUGUCAAGAUCAUAAAUAUUGAGUACUAUCACCAGAGACCUUGUAAAAUCUGCACAUUACAGGCUUAUUAGCAAGGUUCAAAGUCUCAGAAGUGCAAUUUUAAGAGACA